CUCAAACUUAUAAAUAUUUCUUACCCGCGGUUGGGGGCCCUGAAGGUCACUGGUGGUUCGGACCCAUCAAGCAUUGACCAGCCUUUGCGCAGUGUCCCUGUCAGCAUACAUCUACUGUUCGAGCAUCUUAUCAGCAAUAUACAGAAAUGAAGGGUAAAAAAUUGAACCAUCCGCUGUCUGCGCGCAUCAAGAAGAUAAUGCAGGCAGAUGAGGAUGUAGGGAAGAUAGCGCAGGCUACUCCCGUCCUCUUAGGUAGAGCCGUGGAGCUUUUCUUGAAGCAGCUCUGUGAUGGGGCUGUGGCCAUCGCAAACUCUAAGGACGCCAGGACGCUAUCUGCAGCUCACUUGAAGGCAUACGUCAUGUCGGAUACCACGAUGGACUUCUUGAAGCAGACAAUGGCCAGCGCCCCAGAUAUAGCAGCUGAAGACGAGGAGCCUGCACCCAAGCCCAAGAGGAGGAGGAAGACUGCAGAGGAGGGACCUGGCAGCCCCAAGCCCGGCCGAGGCCGAGGCAAGAAAGCAGCUGCGAAGCAGGAGGACUUUGAGGAAGCUGAAAUGGAUCUCAGAGAAGCCGCUGCAGCAAAUGCGGAAGAUGCACCAGCUGGUGUGAAGCCAGAGGACGUGUCCACUGCAGAAGUACACAAUCCCGAGGGGCACGCUUCUAGGGAGGAGCCAGCAGCUGCAGUGCCACCCAAACAGGAAGAUAUUGAAGCAGGCGGAGAUCCUGCAAGCGGCACAGAAAGUGCCCAGCCAGUGCAGCCAGCGCUUGCAGCAGCUCCCUUGCUUCCCAUCGGAAUCCCAGCAGCUGCAGCCGCCACCAUCGCCGAGGAAGAUGAUUAUGAUGACUUUAAUUGAGCGCUUGGAGACAGGGGUGAGGCAGCAUGCUGCCGAGGGAGCAGAGACACUGUCAGCUUACAGGUUUGAGAGUGUGUGGUCUGGAAUUGCGUAUGUAGCAUCAUGGUUGGAUAAUCUGAUCGCCUGGAGCGAUGUGGAUCAAGCUCGGUUGUAAGGGACACCUACAU